AUGAGUUUUGAAAGCGAUACGGAACGGUCAGACGUGGAAUCGAUCGGGUCGCGCACUCACAUCUGCGAGACAGAGCUAGGAUCAGACGAAGAUGAAGAAGAUAUGUACUAUUCAGAUCCAGAAGGACCGUAUAUAGAUGAACCUAUUGCAGACGAGGAAUGGCUAACAGAAUACAACCGAGAACUACAAGAAAUUGAAAGGAGAAACCAGGAGUUACAAAACCGCUUUGACAGGAUUGUCGAACCCGAGACUUGGUAAGUGUUCGCUCUGUUUCUCACCUUUUAAUUAUUAGCCUGAAAAAUCUUAUCUUACUAAGAUCAUACCUUGCCGAUAAAAAGAAAAUGAUAAAAGUUGUAUUCUUCAACUUAAAUACUACGUUCCUUCUAUUUAAUUUCAAAGGUGCUCAUGUGGCAAUUGUGCUCUUGAUCGGCUGCAAAAUCCCGGGGAAAGCCCCUGCUGCAAGGACAUCGAAAAGUGCGUCGAAUCACUUGGUAGUACCGCCGUUCUGAAUGAGGUGGAAAUCAGUCCCGAAUGUAUUACAUUGCAUCCAGGUUUCAGUGUCGUUUGCCUUAACAGAUGGUCUCUCCGAUCAGCCGCAAGUAAAUACAAAAGGAUAGACGGUACAAAGUAUCGUCAGACUGAUACAGAAGAAAAGUGA